CAAUAUUCUUUCAUCCCUCCAGCGCAGUGCGCGACUGCCGGUCGAACCUCGUUGGAAGCACCAACACCCUUGCAGGUUUUGGGGAAGUGGAGCGCGCCGUCGAUCGCAUUUAGAACCCCGUCCGCUAUGGAUUUUUAUGCCUGCAGGUUUUGUAGGCUGCGCUUUAGUAGUGUGAACUCUGUAUCAAAUCACGAAAGAACUCAUGAUGACGAUCCUCUCCCAGAAUAUCGUAGGAGCCCUAGUAUCCUAGUUCCAACAUAUUCAGGUGUAGAUUGGAGUACCCUACCCAGCCCCGACGAUCCAGUAGAUGAGUCCAUACCUGAGACUGUUGAUACUGGGCUGGAGGAUGGGCUGCCAGAUGCAGAAUUCUUCCCAGCCGUAGCUUUCUUUGCUGACGACGAAGAAGAAGAAGCAACUUUUGAGACCCGUUUUGAGGUGUUUAGGUUCAUUGCGCACUGCAACCGUGGUGCUGGGCUUAGUGGACCAGAUGUUGUAGAGUUUUUCCGCCUACUCAACCACCCUAAGUUUGAUAGGCAAGCAAUAGCUGACUGGGCUGGGAAGGCUGCGGUUGACAAAUUUGCCGAGGAAGAGCUCGGGAUUGAGAAGAUUAAGUUCAAAACAGCUGUGAUCAGGGUUACGGGAUGGCCGAAGUCUUUCACCGUCAAGUUCCUUGAUGGGGUUGAGGCGUUGAGGCGCAUGUGGGCGGAUCCGAGAAACGCCCCUGGGUUCGUACAUCGUGCGGCAGAGAAGUUGGAUGUCAACAAAAAGAGAGUGUACGCCGAGGCACACACUGCAUCAUUCUGGAUUGAUGCUCAGGAUGGGCUUGGUCCGCGGGAGUGCAUCUGUCCACUCAUUAUCUCAAGUGAUGAGACUCAUUUGAGUGGUAAUGAGAGGUGCAGAGCUUGGCCAGUAUACUUGUCCUUUGCCAAUCUACCGCUUAGCACCAGGUGGCAGGAACAUGGGCAUGCCCUGAUUGCUCUCCUACCGUUGCCGGAUCCAGAGAUGGAGCCAAGUCAAAAGACGGAGCUCUUCCAGAAAUGCUGCGAAGUUGUGCUCAAGUCCCUUGACGCAGCAUGCAAAGAAUCCAUUCCUCUACUUGAUCCGGCCGGUGAGGCGUACACCGUGUGGCCCAAGAUGUUCGUGUAUGUGGCGGACUAUCCUGAAACGUGCAAAGUCACUUGCACGUUGCAACACGCAUCAGCUCGUCCAUGCUCCAUAUGCGAGAUCACCAUUAAGGACCUUGACAACAUGAGAGUGGGUGCUCCGGUACGCAACGUGGAGGAUCAACAACGAUACUCUAGAGAUGAGAGCCUUGCAAAGGAGUAUUCCACCCACAUGACUAAGGUCAUUCUCAUUGGGAUUUGGCUUUACGUGUUGGAGUGUUUACUACGCAAGAACAAGCACCACAAGACCAUGAACUUGCGGCAUGGGGAAGAGUACAGGAGGACCUUGUUGGCAGGUCUAAAAAUCCCGCCACCUGGCCGCUAUUUCAGUUUUGGAGCUAACUACUCUGCCGCAGAGCAUGCCGCCAUGAUGAGGGUCACGCUAUUCAUCAUGGAGGGCUUGAUUACAGACGCAGCUUUUUAUGUGCUACGUUAUUUCGUAGCCUGGUUCGACAAAUACUUCCGUGCCAAAGAGUAUACCGAGAAGGACCUUGAUGAUUAUCUGAUUGACACUGAAGAACUUGUGCGCCUGCUGAAAACACAAUUUCCCCGAAAGGGCCGUGGGUGGAAGCUCGUCAAAAUCCACCUUCUCUCUCAUUUUCCCGAUGCAAUUCGGCGAGGUGGUGCACCUGGAGAAUACAGCACCAGCCUGUAUGAACAUGCGCAUACCACAUCUUGCAAGCAACCGUUUAGAGCAUCUAACUAUCGGCAGUAUGAUGAAGCCAUCCUACGCAGUGCUCGUAUGCGGGAGGCACUCCGCAACAUGCCGUCCGCCAUUGAGGGACCGCGAUCCUAUGAAACUGCACUUGUGCAGGCUGAUAGAGUUCGCGCUCCUGUGCUGAGUGCAAGCCAUAAGAUCAUUGAGGCUCCAUUUGGUCUUCAUGGCAAGCGAGGACAAGAGCUAUGGCAGAGCUAUGUCGCGUGCCAUCCCGAAGGGAUGGCGAGGUUUCAGCAAAUACUGGCUGAAGCUGGUCAUUCCGUUCAAGACCUGCAUGUACAUACUGCAGUGGCGUUGCCAUCUACGCCUGAGAGAGAGUGCCACUAUGUACGGGCAAAUCCAAGCUUCCAUGGCAUGCCAGCAUUUUCACAUGCAGCGAUGCUGGGGAAUGCCAUUGGUACAGAUGGAAAGCGGACCCGUGUACUAUGGUAUGUCAAGGUGCUGCUGCUGUUUCACUUUAAGGGGGGGCAAUCCAGCGCAGGGGCGAAUGGCUUGGCGUAUGUGCAAUUCUAUGAUUCGAAUGGAUGCGACGAUAAAACUUGCUGCCAAUCACUCGUCGAUGCUCCACUCACCAAACGAUACUAUGUGAUGGACGUUAGAUCUCUCGUGCGAACGAUUCAUGUCGUCGCGUCGUACCAUCGGCUUGGGCUUUACUAUCUUAACCAUUUUGUGACCAAAUAA